AUGACGGAACCUUUUGAGUACGCAAUAACAACAAGAAAAAAAGUCGCGCUGUCUAAAGUACAGGAAUUUAAAAGAACAUUAACUGACUUCCGGUUAAUAAUAUCAACAACGCGAAGUCAAUAUGAAGUUAAAAACGAACUAAAAGCGAAGAUAGAAGAAUACGAAGCAGAUUUGCAAGCCUUUGAUGAAUAUUUACAGCUAAUUGUUGAC